UGACAGCCUCAAUGUGAAGCAGCCGGCUUUGGGACAUUAACAUUUCCCUCGAAAUCAGACUUCCGGAUGGUUGCCAAUCAGAUUUUUCAUUAUUGGAUUACCGACCAACAGUGUGUGCAGGGAGGAGUCCUGUGUUUCACCGCUAGCCGAGCUAAAACCAAGCCAGCAUGUCGGCGAUUUAACAGCAAACACAAAGCGAGCCAAUGCACUAUUAAAGGAUGGAUGUGGAGGGCAGCUCUGGCAGGGACAGCAGCUGGAGGCGGGCAGCAGCGCAGGAUGUGGGAGGACGAGGAAGCAUGGAGGCUCAGGUUGUUCCGCUGGAGCUCUACGACUCUGCCAGAGCCAAAAUAGAAGCAAAUCUCCGCUGGCUGUUUGCCAAAGCUUACGGUAAAGAUCACAUCCCUGCAGACCUGCGGGACCCCUUCUACACGGACCAGUAUGACCAGGAGCACAUCAAGCCCCCCAUCCUGCGGCUGCUGCUGUCGGGGGAGCUGACCUGCCGGGUGUGUGCUCUGAUCCUGCCGGGGGGGCAGGCGGCCGCGCUGCACACACACCUCUCCGUCCUGCAGGCGCUCAGCAGGAGGGGCGUCUACGUCCUGGAGGCAGGAAACAGUCCUGUCUCUGACCUGGACCUCAGCUCCUCCCCCAUCAAGAUG